AUGGAUGGACUCGAGCGAAUACCCACAGAGGUUCUUAUCAUAAUCAUCGAGCAUGUAGAUGAUUUCUAUGGACUCGAUAGUCUGCUUCGGUGCUUACCCCGAGCUGCAAUCAUCUUCCAGACCCACAGUGUCAGGAUAACAGAGAAGGUUCUUCAUGCUUGUUCAAUAACAAAACCUUUACCCAAGGUCGGCUACGGAGAUAGCCAUGUUCGUCUAGACACCAGCAUGGACCGGGAAUUCCCACCAAGUACGCCGAGCACUUUUAACUGUGACAUAUAUCGAUUCUUUCGAGAAAUCGUCUAUAUCCGCACUCCUUCAUUUCGCUCAAAGUUCCCGGAAAUGAGUAUUUCCACUAUCAUGUCUAUUUCAUCGGAAAGUUGUCUCAGUCUGCACUUCCGCGGGAGGAGUCAGUCCGAGGCAUCUAGUGUGAUGCGAGGAAUGAUCAAGCUCGCUGCCCAAAUACAACGCUUAGCUUGUGCCUGCCUAUGCCUGAUGUUGGGUAACCUAGAGGAUGCAACCAAAAGGGCUCCAGACAUCCAUGUUCGUCGUGCUCACGCUGCUUUUGGUCCGCCUUCUUGGAUAGAAGAGCUCCGUGUAUACAGGGCGAUCUGGAUCUUGCAAAUAUAUUCAGAGAUAUACGCAGCUGUUCGUUCUACAGGAUGGAACACCCAGUACAAAUGGGCACUUGAAGGAUACGCAAGUAAAAGGGGCCUUUCACGUGCGAUGAUCGAAGAAGUGAGAACCGUCCACGAAAUUUUGAAAGAAGUCGUCAUUUCGUCCCCUCCAGAGAUCCCUGCAAGAUUUCAAGACCGAUUUUGGGACUAUCUUCCAUUUUUCUUAAGCCUCGAGCUAAAGGAAGAUAUCGAUUUCCCUACAUGGGCCCCACCGCCGAUCCCCCCACUGGACGACGAGGUCGGUGACUCUUGGUAUUUGAGUCCAAGAUAUCGGCAUUUGACUACAGAGCGAAUUGAAGAUUUCGAGAAACUCCCAAGAGCAAGUUCCACCAUUAUAGGCUACACCUCCGAUGGUGACUUAAAUUCUUUCAAACAACUCGGUAUCUACAUUUGGGACCCUUGGCGAUAUUACUCUGCGGGAUUGAUGGAACCUCCAAUUGAGAAAAGGUUGACUCCAGACGGAGACUACUCGACCUAUUCUGAUGAAGCAAGUGAUCAGGAAGCGAGAAAAAGAACUUUGUUCUCGUUGAUUGAUUUGCAAGAAACGGCGAUUCCCUCUUCUUCUCCGGAUCCUUCUGGAGGUUCCACUAGGCGAUGGAGGGAACGCUUUAACUUGGGUUCCGUUAUAAGUUAG